AUGAACAUCUUUCGGCUUACUGCGGAUAUGUCGCAUCUCAUUGCGAUUUUCAUUCUCUUGGCAAAGACCCGCUCGGUUUCCGGGAUAUCUGCUCGUUCCCAAAUUUUGUUUGCUAUCGUGUUCACUGCCAGAUAUCUGGAUCUUUUCACAACAUUCAUCUCCUACUACAACACUGUCAUGAAGGUGUUCUUUAUAAUUUCUUCCUAUGGAACUUUGUAUCUCAUGCUCUUCAAAUUCCGUCCUACAUAUGAGAAAGAGUCGGAUAGUUUUCGCGUUGAACUAUUGCUGAUACCCUGCGUUCUUCUAUCGUUCCUCAUCAAUCACGAGUUUUCAACGAUGGAGAUUUUGUGGACAUUCAGUAUAUACCUGGAAGCCGUAGCAAUCAUGCCUCAGUUAUUUAUGCUGCAAGCCCUCGGAUCAGCUGAGACGAUCACUGCCCACUACCUAUUCGCGCUCGGAAUGUAUCGUGCACUUUACAUCCUGAACUGGAUUUACAGGUAA